ACCUUUGUGUUGCAAUCACAAUAGAUCGAUGUUUAUGAAUGGCGCUAGUUAGCAUCACAAAUACACAUGUGUACGCAUGAGCUACCAUAAAACCCCAUUAACUUCUAGAGUACUACUACGCCAACGAUAUAUUUUUACACGAUUAGCUGUUUAAAUUCAAAUAACAUUCAUUUCAAGCUACGAGAACGAUCCUGUGUUGAUACUGAUACCACGCAUAUUAAAUGAGAAAACCAAUGAAAAUAAUAUUAAGCAUUAUAUACGUCGUCGUUUUGACGUCAACAUCAGUCACCGCCAAUAAUGAAACAUCCACAGAACCGACAGAUGUAGGCAAAACUGAAAGCAGCUUCACACCAGAGACAGUUGCAGCUUUAUGGGCAGGCUUCUUUGGUGGAUUAGUCGGAGUGUUUGGGAUAGGUAUGCUGUUUUACCAACUUCGGAUUAGGAAGUACGAAGAGUACAAGCGAAGGAAUGAUGAAAUUGCUGUUAUGCCUCCAGUUGGAGUUACGUUCCCAAAUUCGUUAGGUUGCUGUGGACGAUAAUACCAUCUUUUGGAGAUCCUGUUUCUUAAAGUUUAACUCAAUUUCUUUUCAUUCAGAUAUUUUAAUUUUUGCCUUUGCAAUCAUGAAGUUUGUGCCUGACCUAUUACACAGAAUUUUACAUAGACUAGAAUGAAAGAGAGUUUAUCAAAUUAUGGGAAAAAAAUCGUAAAAGUUAUAAGGAAUUACCAUACUUAGGAAGAGAUAUAAAAUGCUGUUGCCUAGGCCAGGCCUUUGUGACCCUAAACAGCAUACAGUAUCAUAGGAACGCUUCACCCUAGUUCUGUAUCGCCAUAAAAAUAUUACAAACUGUACCAAUGGCCGUAUUCGACUGGAUCUUUCUUCCUUAAACCACGACUGCCUGCGCAGUGGUAACCGAAGACAACCAGGCAAAUGUAAAAGUGGUAAAUACCAUAGUUAGAUGGUAAAUACUCAACAAAACAAAAUGACUGCAUAGUUUACCGCUAUACACGCUAGCGUAGUUAAGGUUAUUUCAUGAAAUUUUAUAUAAAUUAUGUUAACGCUAAACUGACAAAUUAGACAUAUUUGUUUUGGUGAGGUGGAUAACUUAUUGCAAAUUUAAUUUCCGUUGUCAACAAAGUAAUGAAAGUAAUACUCAACAAAAAAAAAUCGUUGUCAACGAAAAGAACCAGUCGAAAACGGAAAUUGUCUUAUGCAGAAUUGUGUUCUUUACCCCAUUAAGAAUGUAAAGUGUCUUAAUACGCUUACCAUGUUUUGUUUUGCCUAUUUUAAUUUACUCAUUAUCAUCGACGUUGGUGGCGUAUCUUCGUCUUAUUGCUUCACUAUAUUUAUUUGCAUGCUACCUAAUUUAUUGUUUAAUAAAUGUAUUGAUUAAUUUACAGUUAGUAUGUAAAAUGUAUUGCAAUGAAAUCUUAAGUUAAUUUGGGAUGCUUUAUUUAAAUUGUAUAUAAAGGGUUUAUGAAUACAAAUUGUGUAUUUGGUUGUUUGCCGUCACCAUGCAAUUUUGGUAAAAUAUUAUUUUUGUGAAUGCCAUUGUCCAAUGUAAAUAAAUCUCAAUUUGGGAAUAUUUUUACUA